AUGAUGCGUUUGGUAGCGUCUUCGGCUGCUGCGCAUAGCGGUUUGGUAAAACACAUCACCAAAACAACAUCGUUAUCCUGUUUUCCCUCGUUCUUGGUAGGUAUACCGGCACGUUCGUUGUGCAGCACCGUUCCGAUGAUAAAGGAACGCCAAUUGCAAAUCGGGCCGAAUUCCGUGCACUUUGUCGAAGCCGGCCACGGAGACCGGGGCAUCAUAUUAUUGCCCGGUGCGCUCGGUACCGCUUGGACGGACUUCAAACCACAAAUUGAAGGUUUACCAGCGUUGCUUCCACAUCAUCGCGUGAUUGCCUGGGAUCCACCCGGGUACGGUAAAUCUCGCCCACCGGAGAAGGAAUUUACGACCGACUUUUUCGAGCGCGAUGCGGCAGCUGCCGGUGAGCUGAUGCAGAAACUCGGCUUCCAGCGGUACAGCAUCGUGGGCUGGAGUGAUGGUGGUAUAACUGGGCUGGUGCUAGCAGCCAAUCAACCAGACCGGGUGGAAAAGUUGGUUGUUUGGGGAUCGAACUCCUACAUAUCGGACACUGAAGUCAAAAUUUACGAAGACAUACGAGAUGUUCGGAAGUGGUCGGCAAGAAUGCGGGAACCGAUGGAGCUAGUGUACGGUGUAGAUCAUUUUCCGAAGCUAUGGUCGGCCUGGGUUGAUGGAUUGGUGCGUAUCUAUCACGAGCGCAAAGGUGACAUUUGCUCCGGGAAGCUGAAACACAUCAAAGCCCCAACGUUGGUCGUACACGGUGCGAAGGAUCCGAUGAUCAUUCCCGAUCAUGUGCCUUAUCUCCUCAAUAACAUCAGUAAUACUGAUCUGCAUGUGUUCCCCGAUGGUAAACACAACAUUCAUCUACGCUAUGCAAACGAAUUUAAUACCAUUGUAGCCAAAUUUCUCCAGGGUUAG